GACUUACGCGUGGUCCACGUAUCUGAACAGGAAACAAGAAAUAUGUCCAAACAACUGCACUGGACAAGGGAGACUUAUUUCAGGUGACGUCUUUAUUUUUUAUUGACAGUCGUUGACACACACUCUAUCUGUACUAUAUUCUUCGGACGUCAUCUUUCCCGCGAAGACAAUUCCUGGAGAAGAGUAAGAGCAGGGGGUCACGAUGGCACAGAAGGUCCUGGUGACUGGGGGAGGAGGCUAUAUCGGCAGCCACUGUGUGGUGGAACUGAUUGAGGCAGGAUUCUGCCCUGUGGUCAUAGAUAACUUCAGCAAUGCCGUCCAAGGAGAAAGGGAUGUCCCUGAGAGCCUGCAGAGGAUAGAGAAAAUCCUGGACACCAGCAUUGAGUUCUAUGAGCUGGACCUGCUGGACCGCCCAGGACUGGAGAAGCUCUUCAAACAGCAUUCAUUCAGUGCUGUAAUGCACUUUGCUGGUCUAAAAGCGGUGGGUGUGUCCGUUGAGCAGCCAUUGAGGUACUAUCAGGUCAACCUCACUGCAACCAUGAACUUGCUUGAGGUGAUGCAGACUCAUGGCGUGCGCAAUCUGGUCUUCAGCAGCUCAGCCACGGUGUAUGGAGACCCCCAGCGGCUUCCCAUAGACGAACAGCACCCUGUUGGGGGGUGCACCAACCCCUACGGCAAGACCAAGUUCUUCAUAGAAGAGAUUAUUAUUGACCAGUGUAAGGCAGAGAAGGACUGGAACGCGGUGCUGCUGCGCUAUUUUAACCCGAUCGGGGCUCACUCCUCUGGGCUCAUCGGAGAAGACCCUCAGGGCAUCCCCAACAACCUGCUGCCCUAUGUCGCCCAGGUGGCCAUUGGGAGAAGAAAACACCUCAAUGUGUUUGGGAAUGACUACGAUACUAUUGAUGGAACAGGAGUGCGAGAUUACAUCCAUGUUGUGGAUUUGGCCAAAGGACACAUAGCUGCCCUCAAGAAACUGAAGGACAAUUGUGGAUGCAAGGUGUAUAAUUUAGGAACAGGAACCGGUUACUCUGUGCUCCAGAUGGUGAAGGCUAUGGAGAAGGCCUCAGGGAAGGAAAUCAUGUACCUGAUCGCCCCUCGGCGAGGAGGAGAUGUAGCAUCCUGCUAUGCUGACCCCCUUCUGGCUGAGAAAGAGCUGGGCUGGAAAGCUGACUUCGACCUGGAGAGAAUGUGUGAGGACCUGUGGCGCUGGCAGUCCAAAAACCCAACCGGAUUCACUAAUAACAGCCCGUCUUCAAUAUGAUGUCACUCAAUGCUCAUCUUCACGUACUCCUAUGUUCCUGGGCCAAAGCAAAUCAUAAAGUUCUUUAUUUUUCUUUCGCGUUCACACAUGAAGAGACCUCAAGACAAAAUGAAUGAUUUAUAUUCCAUAAUGACUUAAUAUUAUGUUGUUGAUUCCAUACAGGUACUUCUCUAAUGCUUAGGUGAAAAAUACCAUGUCUUGUCAUUUGUAUGUAUUGUCAUAGACAUUUUCUCUAAUGAUAUAAUAGCUGAGUCAAUAGCCAUAAAAAUGGGGAAAUAAAUACAUUUUCUAAACAAAGAAAAUA